AUGUCUUCCAAUAAUCUUAAAAAUUAUUAAAUUCCUUAACAAAAAAUUAAUUCUUCUCUAACAUAAAUCCCCUCACCUAAUAUUAAUUUAGAGAAUUACUAAUUAUGCUCUUAAAUAGGCUCAGGUUCUUACGCAGUUGUAAAACUAGCAAUAAAUAAAUUAACAAAUUAAAAAGUUGCAAUAAAAAUUUACGAAAAAGAGAAACUAUGUGAUCCUCAUAAAAUGAAAAACGUAAAAAGAGAAAUCGAUAUCCUUAAUCAUACAUCUCAUCCUAAUAUAAUAAAGCUUAUUAAGGUUAUUGAUGCACCUACAACAUUAAAUCUAGUUUUAGAAUAUAUUGGAAAUAGUUCAUUAUAUAAUUAUUUGAAAUAAAAACCUAAUAGAAGAUUAUAAGAAUCUGAUGCGAGGAAAAUUUUUAUUUAAGUUAUCGAAGGAAUUAAAUAUUUGCAUAAUAAAAAUAUAAUACAUCGAGAUAUUAAACUUGAAAACUUACUUAUUGAUGAAGAUUAAAAUGUUAAAAUUAUUGAUUUUGGAUUCGCUGUUUGUAUUACUUCUGAUAGAAAGCUAACUUCUUUUUGUGGAACUCCGUCUUAUAUGGCACCUGAAAUUGUUUCUAAAACGGAUUAUUAUGGACCGCCAGUUGAUAUUUGGACAUGUGGCGUACUUUUGUUUGUUUUGUUUUGUGGAGCUUUUCCUUUUAAAGGUAUUGAUGAAAGCGAUUUAUAUAAAAAAAUUAAAGAAUGUGAACUUGAAAUUCCUUCAUAUGUUCCAAACGGAGUUAAAAGUUUAAUAAGUUUAAUACUAAAAAAAAACCCUUAAGAUAGGCUAACAAUUGAUUAAUUUUCUAUUUGA